CCCUCACCGAACGUCCGGCCAACGGCUUUGUCUGCUAUCCCCUACGCUUCUGUCCCUCAUUCGAGCUUACCCAUCCCUCUGCUCCUCAUCGUUCUGCUCCAUUCCCGUCCGGCCUGGUCUUGGUCGCUUUGGCUUUUUGCUUUCCGCUGUCCCCCAAUAUCGCCACGAUGGCCAACAGCCCCAUCCCAAUCAACCCAAAUAACGUCCAGUGGUUCGUCCAGCACAGCUCAACGCACCAUGUCCCCAGAUGCCUGCCGCCUGGGUCCCCGUCGAGCAUCGUUGGGUCCUUGGGCGAUGUGUUCAGAGCAACCAACCGCUGCGACUGCUUCCCAGCCACAGCAACGGCUGAGAGUACCUGCCAGUAUUACGGUACCCAGCCUGGCGACAACAAUGUCUAUUCGUACAGCUGUGGGGCCGACCCUACCUGCACCCAAGAGUGUACACUCAUCGGGGCCUAUCCAACCGGCAACUUUGACCCGUGCACCAGCGGCAAGGCAACGGGCAAUCUGACAACGAAGAGCGUCGAGGACACCUCUACAUGGGACCCCGACUUCAAGACGCCGUACUUUUACUACUAUCUCGAAUCGAUAAACGACGCAAGUUGCUCAGUCGUGAGCUCGGCGGUCCGAAUCCCCCUAUAUCCAAAGUGCACCUAUCUCACCGGCUCCACCUACGCCAUCACCCUCCUCCACUCUGCCACCCAAAUGAUUGAUCGAUACGCUUGCAGCGACCCCAACUGCAAUUCCUGCCAGCUGGUUUAUACCGAUACUAUUUCCAGCUGCCACAUCUACGCCGCCGGAACGGGCUCCUUCUAUACGAAAUAUCUCACAGGAUCGAUCGUCAAAGACCCUGCCCUGGUGCUGCCCACUGUCUUCCCGAACCAAACGGCUCCGAGCGACUUCCCACCCACGCCAGUAUCGACAUAUCAGCCCCCACCGGCACCAGGGCCUCAGGCGGGCUUGACCAGCGGAGCGGUCGCUGGCAUUGCUGUCGGUGUAGUUGCCGUCAUUGCAUCCGUGGCCGCAGUGCUGUUCAUCAGGCUCCGCAAGCGUACCAAGCACCACCGAACCAGCAUCUGUGUCGAGGACUUUGAUCAGCCCCCUCCUGAGUAUUCCCAAGUCAUGAAUUCGCACCUCAGCCUCAACCCAGCCUCCAACACAAGUGGUGUCAGCAUCGAAACGCCUUCCGGAUCAGAGCAUCCCUCAUAUCAGAUCGUCCCCACCGCUUCCAAUCCAGGCUCGCCUUUCUCGCACACUCACCUGAUGGUCAAGCAGCCGCUCCCGGCCCAGGACUAUAUUGGCGAUCAUGCACACGACAACUCAAGCGUCUCUCGCCACAGUUACUCGGCUGGCACCGACGAAAAGUCGCACCUUGGUAGCUUCCGGCCAGACAGCACCGAGCCAACCUCUACGAGUCAUUCACAUGGUCAGAGUCAAACGGGGCGGUCUGAGCUCCUAAGCAGUCGCUCGAGCGACAGUCGAGCUCGACGAUAUGUGGCCAUUGCCUCGGUGGAUCCUAAGGGACCCUCGGAUCUCCAUUUGCGUCUGGGAGACGUUGUCUCGCUGAAAUCCGAGUUCCAAAACGGCACUGCUGAGGCGUUCAAUCAAGCCACUGGCAUGACCGGACUUGUGUCCUCGACCAGCGUUGUGAUGCUCAGCGAAGGCAUUGAGCCUGAGAGUCAGUCGCAGCAUUAGACUGAUCGUGUCGACGCCAACAUAUUGCACCGCCCUAGCUUCGAGUUCCUCUGCCUCCGCCUUGGUCCUUUCCGCAGAGUCGGACAAAGGUCGCUCUCCGUCGAUUGAUGGCAAACCGAUCCUUGGAUGCAGAUCCAUUGGGGUUGGUUUGCCGCACCACCUGCUGCAUCGUGAAUUUUUGUCGUUUCCGCGACGCCUUGAUCAAUGAACGAGGACACACUGUCGUAGAGUACGCUUCUACUUCUUCAAUAUAUGGAUUCUAAU